UCAAAUACCAUGUGCUCCUGCCGGACCUGACGAUCACUUCUCCCAAUCAAUUUUCCCAGAGCGGGGUCCGGCAGAGCUUCACUUGUAAUAUUUAUGCUUAGCCUGCCUGCAGGUCGGUGUUGUUGUUCAUCUUGCUCAUCACCCUCUCUCACAAUCACUUGUUGAACCGGAUCGACAACCGAACAGGUCCAGCAUGUUUUCAGCCAAGAUUGCUGCUCUGGCAGCCCUUCUCCCUGCAACAGCAUUCGCUGCUAGCAUAGUAGGCAAUGGCUCUUCAGUCCUGUCCAACGGCAAAUACGAGAUCUCAUCUGAGGGAAUCCGCGCCCAGUUCAUCCCUUAUGGCGCAUCCAUCACCAAUCUCUUCAUCAGAGACGUUCACGGCAUUGAGCGUGACAUCGUUCUUGGUUGGGACAAUGCUACCUACUACACCGAGGACAAGAAGCACCCCCAUCUCGGCGGUGUUCCCGGACGCUACGCCAACCGCAUCAAGAACUCGACCUUUGAGAUUGACGGCAACGUCUACCACACUGAUGCAAACGAGAACGGAGGCCUUGACACCCUGCACGGUGGAUCCAACGGCUGGGACUGGCGCAACUGGACUGUGUCUGCCCACACCACCGAUUCUAUCACUUUCUCCAUUGUCGACCCCGAUGGCGCAGAAGGCUUCCCCGGCGAGGUCAUCAGCUACGUGACAUACACCCUUACUCCUUAUGAAUGGCACUUCAAAAUGAUCGCAAUUGCAACUACCAAGAAGACCCCCAUUAUGCUGAGCUCUCACGUCUACUGGAACCUCGACGGCUUCCAAAAUCCCACUGAUCCUACUGUCAACAACUACACCGUUCACUUGCCUUACUCUGGCCAGCGCGUCGCUGUCGAUGGUAUCCUCAUUCCCAACGGAACCAUCUUGCCUAACGAGAAGGGUGGUGUGUUCGACUUCUGGUCAUCACCCAAGAAGCUUGGUGCCAAUCUGACUUCCCCUGAUCUUGUUGGUGGCUGCGGUACCAACUGCACUGGCUACGACACAUGCUGGCUCGUCAACAGAGAUCAAAACGGACCCUACGACUGGCGUGAGUCGGGACCUGUUGCCACUGUGGCCAGUCCUUUCUCUGGUAUCCAAAUCGAUAUCUUCACCGACCAGCAGGCUUUCCAGAUCUACACCUGCCCUGGACAAGACUCUACACAAAGCAUCAAAGAGACUCAGGGCUUCUUCAACCAGACUAGCCAGCCUAGAGUUGUGCAGAAGUAUGGUUGCAUGGUUAUGGAGGUCGAGGACUGGAUUGAUGCCAUCAACCAGCCGGAAUGGCAAAGAGAGAAGAAAAACAUCUUCGGCCCUGGAGAUGACCCAUACGUUCUCCAGGCUACUUACAAGUUCUCUUUGAACAAAGACCUGGCCGCUACUUACAGCAACACAUCGAGCUACUAAAUGGCGAAGAAGAGUGGAAUGCUGAUAUAAUGACUGAAGAGAUAGCCAAUCAACACUCUUGUUGAAAGAUGUAAAACACCUCCAUCACAGUGACACUGGCGAGCAACGAUGAUGCCGUGGUAUCAGAAGUCGCUCAUUGGCCGUCACACUUACAUACAUGACUCGAGUGUCAGUGACGGCGACAAUUCAGUCACUUACUGACAGUUCCAAAAAUGGGCGUUGACAGACUCUGCAAUUCUGUCCAAUUGGCGUUUCCAAAUCAUCGUCCACACACGAUCUUUCAUCGCCAUCCAUCUGCACUGAGCCCUUAUCAUCUCUCCUUUUCCUUCAACUUCUUCUAUCGGUUGCUUACCGUCGCCAUAUUGCACCCGGCGCAAUCCAAGAAUCACUCCUCAACAAUCUCUCUACCAAUACUCCAGACUACCCA